AUGCACUGCGGCUGCGGGGCCCAGGGCGUCCCUGUCGCGGGCAGCUCCUGGAUCUCAGGCUUGGCCUUCCCGGACUGGGCCUACAAAGCCGAGUCGUCCCCAGGCUCCCGGCAGAUCCAGCUGUGGCACUUCAUCCUGGAGCUGCUGCAGAAGGAAGAGUUCCGCCACGUCAUCGCCUGGCAGCAGGGGGAGUACGGCGAGUUUGUCAUCAAGGACCCGGACGAGGUGGCCCGCCUCUGGGGCCGCAGGAAGUGCAAACCACAGAUGAAUUACGACAAGCUGAGCCGGGCCCUCAGGUAUUACUACAACAAGAGGAUCCUGCACAAGACCAAAGGCAAAAGGUUCACGUACAAGUUCAACUUCAGCAAGCUGAUUGUCGUCAACUACCCUCUGUGGGAGGUGCGGGCACCACCUUGCCCCCUGCUGCUGGGGGCCCCUGCCCUGUUUCGGCCAGCCCUGGUGCCCAUGGGCACGCACGGCGAGCUCCUGCACAGCGCGCUGCUCGCCCGUUGGGCCACAGUGGAGCAGCUGGCCGGGCAGCGGACCCCCCGAGGGCCGCCAGAGGCCUCCGAGGAUAAGAAGGGGAGCGGCAGCAGUGCCCCCCGCCUUGGCUCUCUCCCAGCCCCCUGCCAGCUUGGCCCUUGCUGCCUUCUGGGGAGCCCCCGAGAGGAGCUGCUGGGUCUGGCCUCCUUGGCCCCUCCUCUCCUGCCUUCCCUCCCUUCCGACUGGACCCGCCUCUCAGGUCCCUUCCUGCCCCCUGUCCCCCCAGAGGGGCUGAUCCCGGGGACCUCCAAGCCAGACACCCUGCUGCCAGGGCCCGGCUGCCCCCCAGCGACCCACCACUUUCCGGGGCUCCCCCUGUUGGCUGGGCUGGGACAGGGGGCCGGCGAGAGGAUCCGGCUUUUGCCCCUGAGGCCCCCGGGGCUGGAGGUAAAGCCCUAUCCCAUGAUGGGGGCAAAGGGAGGCCUGGACCCCAGGGAGGGCUUCUCCUCAGAGAUACACAGACCCAAAGUCGGGGACGAAAGCCCCAUGUCCCCCCAUCUGGAGAACUUCAAGGCAGUGUGGCCCUUGGAUCCUCCUUAA